AUGGCGGCUGCAAUAAAACAAUCAUUUGAGAAAUGCAAGCAAGAGGGCCGGACUGCCCUCGUGGGCUACUUCACGGCGGGGUACCCGACUGCUGCAGAAACACCUGAUAUCAUGCUGGGCUUGCAAGCAGGCGGUGUCGAUAUUAUUGAGCUGGGGCUACCCUUCACAGACCCGAUUGCCGACGGGCCCACCAUUCAGAAGUCGAAUACCGUUGCGCUCGCCAAUGGCAUCACCGUGUCCAAGUCCCUAGAUUUUGUUCGCGAUGCUCGAAAGAGAGGUCUCAAAAUCCCGGUCUUGUUCAUGGGCUACUAUAAUCCUUUGCUCCGCUACGGCGAAGAUCGCAUGCUCAAGGACUGCAAAGAGGCGGGUGUCAAUGGGUUCAUAAUGGUCGAUUUACCGCCGGAGGAGGCAGUCAGGUUCAGGAACAAUUGCACCAAGCAGGGUCUGUCGUAUGUGCCGCUGAUUGCACCUGCUACGUCAGAGAGGAGGAUGAAGCUGCUGUGCUCAAUCGCCGACUCAUUCAUCUAUGUGGUGUCGAGAAUGGGCGUCACGGGCGCAACGGGCACCCUCAACACCAAGCUACCAGAGCUGCUGGAGAGGGUUCAUCAGUACUCGGGCGGAGUUGCAGCAGCUGUCGGCUUCGGCGUGAGCACCAGAGAACACUUCCUCAGCGUCUCGCAGAUUGCCGAGGGUGUGGUAAUUGGAAGCCAGAUUGUCACAGUACUGGGUAACGCGAAGGAAGGCGAGCGAGCGAAGGCUGUACAGGAAUACUGCUCGGAAAUCACGGGCAGAAAAGUGGGCGAAUUCAACAACACCAACGGUCUGACGAGAGAGGUCGGCAUCGUCGAAACAAUGAACUCGGCAAAGGAGCCUAAUGCUUCGGUAAACGGCAUCAAUGGUCAUCAAGUUCAAGUCGACAAGGUGAUUACCGACGCCGAUGUCCCGUCGGAGCCGGGCCUUGCAGAUCAGCUCGAUGCCCUCAACUCGGCCACUAAUGGCACGACCCCCAAACCAGAGGCUAUUCCUGCUCAAUUCGGCCAGUUUGGCGGUCAGUAUGUCCCUGAAUCAUUGAUGGACUGCUUGGCCGAGCUCGAAGAUGGCUUCAACUCGGCCAAGAAUGAUCCGGAAUUCUGGAAAGAAUAUCGCUCACACUACCCGUACAUGGGCCGGCCUUCGUCGUUGCACUUGGCCGAACGACUGACCGAAAAGGUUGGCGGUGCUCAGAUCUACCUGAAACGAGAGGAUCUGAACCACACGGGAAGUCACAAGAUCAACAACGCUCUGGGCCAGAUCUUGAUUGCCAAGCGACUCGGCAAAACACGAAUCAUUGCCGAGACUGGUGCAGGCCAGCACGGUGUGGCAACCGCGACCGUUUGUGCCAAGUUCGGCAUGGAGUGCGUGGUGUACAUGGGUGCUGAAGAUGUGCGACGGCAAGCCUUGAACGUCUUCCGCAUGAAACUUCUCGGCGCAAAGGUCGUGGCAGUUGAAGCUGGAUCGCGCACGCUUCGAGAUGCUGUCAAUGAAGCACUCCGAGCCUGGGUCGUGGAUCUCGAUACGACUCACUACAUCAUUGGUUCUGCCAUCGGACCUCAUCCUUUCCCUACCAUUGUACGCACCUUCCAGAGCGUUAUUGGCCAGGAGACAAAGGAGGGGAUGAAAGAACUCACGGGUAGAUUGCCCGAUGCUGUGAUUGCCUGUGUCGGCGGUGGUAGUAACGCGGUGGGCAUGUUCUUCCCGUUCAGCUCGGAUCCGUCCGUCAAGUUGAUUGGGGUGGAAGCAGCGGGUGAAGGUGUCGACACAGGCAAGCACUCUGCCACUCUAAGUGGCGGCUCCAUAGGUGUGCUUCACGGCGUGAGGACUUAUGUGCUGCAAAACGAGCACGGGCAGAUCAGCGACACACACUCCAUCUCCGCGGGUCUGGAUUACCCCGGUGUGGGACCCGAGCUGUCGAGUUGGAAGGACAGCUCAAGAGCCAGCUUCAUCAGCGCCACGGAUUCGCAGGCAUUGAUUGGUUUCCGGACCCUCAGCGAGGCGGAGGGCAUCAUUCCCGCCCUGGAAUCAAGUCAUGCUAUUUGGGGAGCCAUGCAGGUUGCGAAGGAGAUGCAAAAGGAUCAGACGCUGGUGAUUUGUUUGAGCGGACGUGGUGAUAAGGAUGUCCAGAGCGUCGCGGAUGAGCUGCCCAGGUUAGGCCCUGGUAUUGGCUGGGAUUUGAGGUUCUGA